GGGGAGGCUCAGAGACUGGGGCUCGUCGGUUGGGUCCAAAAUAACAGCCGCGGCACCGCGCACGGACAGAUUCACCCCCAGUCCCGCAUCAGCCGAGCCGAGUUCAGCGAGGAGAAGCAGACGGCGGCGCUGGACCACAAGGGCUUCCAGAUUUUGAAAUGA